AAUCCAUUGGUCGGACUUGCGGAUCCGUACAUCUCGCUGUGACAGUCGCUUUUGUGGCUGCGGCUUCUGCGGGCACAGCUCCGAGUGCCCUGUGAUCUGUGAUCUCCCGGCCUCGAAUCAUUUCAUUCCUGCCCCGACACGCGUCGUCGAAACAGAGCCAAACAUUUCCGCACAGCUCGUCAAUUUAUAAUUUCAUAUUUAUUUUAUUUUCGCGCUUUGCCAUCUUUAAGUGCCCGAAAUAUGCUGAUCUUUAGUGAAACAAUAGACAUCUAACAAAUAAUCGGUUAAAAGGUGUCAAUUAAUCGAACAUUUUGGAGGUGCUAAAACUACUUAAGCCAACACGUGCGAUCGAUCGAUCGAAAUUUAAUAAAAAAUCCACGAUGCGUUUCAAUUUCUCCACCCACUCGGCGGCGCCCACUUCAACGGCAACCACAACAACGCAGGCAAAUGGAGGGGACAAGGCCGCCCAGCCGCUGAAGAAGGCCAUCGAAGGGGAUCCCGAUUCGCUGGACAGUGUGAUCAGCAAUCCGCACUCGUAUCCCAUCACAAUUGUGCCCAACCGGCCGACCAGCUUCUAUGGCCUUUCCCAGAAUGGCAAGGCGUUCCCGCGUCAACCGAGUUGCAGAUCUCGCAAUUUCCGGCCUGGCAGCAUGAGACGAGUUCGCAGACGAGCGGUGUUCAAAAACGGAGACUGCAAUGUGGUGCAGAAACACCUUCAAAGGCGACGAGUUCGCUUCCUACAGGACAUGUAUACCACCAUGGUGGAUUGGCAGUGGAGGUGGACCCUUUUGGCCUUCGCCCUCAGCUUUAUUCUCUCCUGGCUUUUCUUUGCGCUCAUCUGGUGGCUGAUUGUCUACACACACGGAGAUUUGGAGGAGCCUCACAUGCCAGAAAAUCAAGAGGAGAAUGGCUGGGCGCCUUGUGUCUCUGCAAUUGAUGGCUUCACUUCCUGCUUCCUGUUCUCCAUCGAAACGCAGCACACAAUUGGCUAUGGAGUGCGAACCACAUCUCCAGAAUGUCCAGAAGCCAUCUUCAUGAUGUGUUUCCAGUCCAUCUACGGCGUGAUGUCCUCCGCCUUCAUGGCUGGAAUUGUCUUUGCCAAGAUGACGAGGGCCAAGCAACGGGCUCAGACUCUGCUGUUCUCCAAACACGCGGUUAUUUGCCAGCGGGAUGGUUGCCUUUCGCUGAUGUUUCGGGUGGGCGACAUGCGAAAGUCCCACAUCAUUGGAGCCGGAGUGAGGGCCCAGUUAAUACGAACGAAGAGCACCAAGGAGGGCGAGGUGAUGACGCAGUUCUUCACGGAACUGGAGAUCGGCACCGAUGACUCCGGCUCCGAUCUGUUCUUUAUCUGGCCCAUGGUCAUCGAACACAAGAUCGAUGAGAACUCGCCGCUCUACAAUCUAAAUGCCACUGAUAUGCUACAGGAUAAAUUCGAAAUUGUGGUGAUCCUCGAGGGAACAGUGGAGUCCACUGGACAGAGCACUCAAGCCAGAUCGAGUUACAUAAACACUGAGAUUCUGUGGGGCCAUCGCUUCGAUCCAGUGGUUCUGUACAACAAGGACCUGCAGGCCUACGAAAUUGAUUAUGCUCGAUUCAACGAAACCACUCAAGUGGAUACUCCACUUUGCAGUGCCAGGGAAUUAAAUGAGAUCUACAAGAUCCAGGAGGGAUUCCGCACACCUGUAGAAACCACCUUCACCAUGCGUCAACUGUCCCACAAUCAUUCCGAUCAGGCCUCCUAGGGCCAAAGUGUUUCGUCCCUGUGUUGCUAUAGUUUGUAAUUGUUUUUGUCCUAUCUUCCCCCUGCUCCUGCAGUUCCGGCUAUCAGACACCUGGAAGGCAAACCCGGCUGAACUGGCAGGUAUCUGCGCCCUUGUAGAACCGCCUCGACUAUCCACACUUAAUCGUACGAGUUACCCCUACGAAAAUAAGUUAAUAAACGCUUUAGUUUGAGUCCACA